AUGCCUAACAAUGAUGAAAAGAUCAUAGAGACCAAUUCGCGUUUAAGAUGUUCAUUCACGGAUGAACAGAAAGCUGAACUGGCAGCAAAACUGGGUCAUGGUGUGACUGAGAACCAUGACAUUAGUAUGGGGAAGGAUAUGGACUACAUGCUAAGUGUGAUUGCAAACUUAUCAGAGAGUGAAGCAAAGAAAAUAUUACAAGAUGCAAUUAUCUUCCAUGGUGAAGAUCCAAAUUUUCACCAAGGAACGCUAGACAAUAUAAAGAGGCUUGUAGAAUGUGAUCACGAGUCAAUGAAAGAUGACGGUUUGUUGUACAAAAUGAAAAUGGAAGCAGCCCUUAUUUAUUAUCACUCUCCAUACCCAGAAGUACGAAGUGUUAGUGAUCCGUUGGACGAUCCAGAGUUGCCGGUGGAAACAUUUAGAAGCUAUGUAAUUGGUCUUGUGUGGGUCAUCAUUGGUGUCGGAGUCAAUCAAUUCUUCGCACCUCGCCAGCCGCCAGUCUCUAUAUCUACGAGUUUGUUACAGUUACUUGUCUAUCCUUGCGGCCAACUGGUCGAACGACUACCAGACUGGGGAUUCACAUUUAGAGGGAAACGAUACACUAUCAAUCCAGGACCAUGGUCUUAUAAGGAGCAAAUCCUUGUCACCGUUAUGUUUAGUAUCUCAGGUUUGGCGUACAUAAACGAUCAGAUCUUUGUGCAACGGCUUGAAAUGUUCUACAAUAAUAAAUGGGCUGGCUUUGGAUAUCAGUUCACGCUAUUGCUAUCAACACAGUUCCUUGGAUUUGGUUUGGCAGGGUUUGUGCGUCAUAUUUUGAUAUAUCCCGCAAACUGUAUUUGGCCAGCAGUAUUUCCAACAUUAGCUUUAAACAGAGCACUGCUGAAACCAGAACAAAAAGAACUAAUCAACGGAUGGUCCAUAUCACGGUAUAAAGCAUUCUGUAUCAGUUUCAUUACCAUGUUCCUAUACUUUUGGCUACCAGGUUAUCUGUUUCAGGCAUUAAGCACAUUCAAUUGGAUCACUUGGAUCUCGCCUAAUAACUAUAAUCUUGCAGUUAUUACUGGAUCCAUAACCGGCCUCGGCGUUAAUCCAAUUCCGACUUUUGAUUGGAACAUUAUUGAUAUGUCAGGACCGUUAUUUACCCCGUUCUUUUCGUACAUGAACAUGUACGUAGGUGGGCUAAUUGGGUUUCUAGUCUUGAUACCAGCUAUAUUUUACAGUAACAUGUACAAUACUGGAUACCUGCCAGUCAAUUCGAACCGGAUUUUCACCAACACAGGGGCAUCUUAUGACGUCAAGAAGAUUCUUAACCACAAAGGAAUAGCUGAUGAAGCACUCUACCAAGCAUACUCGCCUCCCUACUAUACCGCGGGUAAUCUAGUGACUUAUGGGGCAUUCUUUGCCAUGUAUCCAGCAAUCAUUGUAGACACAAUCCUGAGAAGAUGGAAUGUUCUUUACGAUGGUUUCAAAACCAUGUAUUUGGCAAUUCUUGCAAAAUCGUCGCUUGUUCAUGGUUAUAACGAUGCACAUAGUAGGAUGAUGAAAGAAUAUAAAGAAACACCUCUAUGGUGGUAUCUGGCAAUAUCAAUUGCUGCACUGGCUUUGGCAAUUGCAUGUGUUGAAUAUUAUCCUACCGAAACGCCAGUCUGGGGUAUCUUCUUUGCUCUUGGGAUUGGCUUUGUGUUUCUCAUACCUAUCGGUCUGUUGUAUGCUACAACUAACACUCUAUUCAGUCUUAAUGUUUUCACUGAAUUGAUUGCCGGGUAUGCAUUACCAGGAAAAGGUAUAGCACUUAUGAUCAUUAAAGCCUUUGGCUUGAAUACAAACCUUCAAGCCAUCUCGUUCAUCGCCGACCAAAAGCUGGCUCACUAUGCCAAGAUCCCCCCAAGAGCAACUUUCAGAGCACAAAUGAUUGCUACUUUCGUAUCUUCGAUAGUAUCACUCGGUGUUGCUAAUUGGCAGAUCAACAAUUAUGAAGGAAUCUGCACUCCAUUACAGGCACAAAGUAAGUAA